AGGGACACUGAGGCAGCGUUGUCUCUGGAUAGAGGAAAUGACAUAAUGACCCUCUGAAGUCCCUGCCCAGGUUCCAGUGCUCUUCGAGCAGCGUCUUAUGCCCCGGGGUGUGGUCUCAAACUCCGUUUACCAGCGCUGGAAUGAAUCUCUCAGCCCAACUUAAACAUCCUCCAGAUUCACAACUCUCGUACGCUCUCUGAUUAGCUCCAUAAGAUGAGACUGAUGCUCUACUACUAACCGCGCAAGGGCAUAAAGAGGAUUUAGUGGAGACAGGGACAUCAAGAGUGUAUGAUAAGGAUGGGAAUUCUUCAAGUGCUGAAAACUCAGUUGCUGUGCCAUCUCAUUAUCUGUUAUGUGUUCCUGGUCAGUGGGCUCAUUAUCAACCUGCUUCAGCUUUGUACUCUACCACUGUGGCCCAUUAACAAGCAGCUUGCACGCAAGAUCAACUGCAGAUUGGGUUAUUCCAUUUCUAGUCAAUUGGUGGCAUUAUUGGAGUGGUGGUCCGGGACAGAAUGCACACUUUUCACAGCUCCAGAAAGCUAUAAACUUUAUGGCAAAGAGAAUGCCAUUGUUGUCCUAAAUCAUAACUUUGAGAUUGAUUUUAUGACCGGCUGGACCUUCUGUGAGAGAUUUGGCGUUUUAGGAAGCUCAAAGGUGUUGGCAAAAAAGGAACUUUCCUAUGUCCCUGUGAUUGGCUGGAUGUGGUACUUCCUAGAGAUCGUCUUCUGCAAAAGGAAAUGGGAAGAGGAUCGCAAGACUGUAGUGCAAAGCCUGCGCAACCUUCGGGAUUACCCAGAAAACUUUUGGUUCCUGCUGCACUGUGAGGGCACACGAUUCACAGAAAAGAAGCACAAGAUUAGUAUGGAGGUGGCAGAGAAGAAAGGUCUGCCCAAACUCAAGUACCACCUUCUACCUCGGACCAAGGGCUUUUGUGUCACGGUCCAGAACCUCAGGGGAACGGCUACUGCUGUGUACGAUUCUACACUUAAUUUCAGGAACAACGAAAUUCCAACUUUACUAGGGGUGCUCAACGGGAAAAAGUACCAUGCUGAUUUAUACGUGAGGCGAAUUCCUCUGGACAAAAUCCCAGAGGAUGAGUCUGAAUGUGCGGCCUGGCUUUACAAGCUCUAUCAGGAAAAAGAUGAAUUCCAAGAGCAUUACAGAAAGACAGGGCAUUUUCCGGGUCCUAUUACAAGCCCUCCACUUCGACCUUGGGCUCUGCUGAACUGGCUCUUCUGGGUUUGUUUGCUGGUCUACCCUCUCUGCAUGUUACUGCUGCAGUUGCUGCUAUCAGGAUCCACCUUUACUGUCAUCUGUACAUCGGCCUUCUGUCUAGCAGGAGACCAAUUAGGUGCUAGAGCAUGUCAGUUGGUAUCCGCUGGAUGAUCGGACAGACUGAGAUUGACAAGAGUUCCAACUACGGAAAUAAAGAGAUGCAAAUGAACAACAACUGAAAGACUGUCACCCACCAGGGCAACGAGAUCAUGCUUUUGUACAGUUAUGAGGGAAUUUUCACGACAGGAACUGGCAUUAGCCAAGUGAAACCACCUUCAUGAAUGACGUUCGAGGAAUUUACCACAUGAAGUUUUCAGAAAGAGUCUUUUGAAUAAUUUAAAAGGCUUCUCUGUUUUGAUUUACUUCAUGUUAAGGCUUUUGUUUUUUAGAAAGACAAGUAGGCCAUUUAAAAAAAACGGUCUGUUUAUUAAUAUUCUUUUUUUAAAUAUUGCAAACACUGUUGGAGGAGCAGAGAACCAGCAGUUGAUGCUUGUGUAAGAGCAUGUUUGUCCACCCGUUUGAGUGCAGCAGCAGAAAGGCGGAGUCAGACUGGCCUCUUCCCUCUCAUUGGUUGAUUAUGCUCUUAUACACCCAAAUGGUAAAGGCACGCCAUUGGCCAGCACAAGGCAGAGCCGACGCAGCACAACUACUUGUAGGCUUAAAUAUGACUUUUUAAAAGUGGGCUCUGCAGCAAGGCAAACAAAACUACCAUUUUAACAAAAACAAAAAAAGAAAAUUAAAACCUUCUCUACUGUGACUUUCAGCCCCAAAACUCAUUGAAAUUGUACAUAGUCAGUCAAUGCCAAUCUCCCUCCAUCUCCCAUUCUCUGAUGCUUUGUGCGGAGAACGUCCCUUGAAUUAAAGUCUCCUAACAUGUAUUCCCUGUGACUCAAUCAUUAACAAAGUGGCUGGUAAAUUUCAGCUUUACAAUAUGCUUUGUACAAAGAAAAACCCUAACCCUAUUCUUACAGUAUGUACAUAACGCACUCACACAUUUCAUCCCAUGCUACUGUACAUGUAAGACUUGCCCCGCUUUUAACGUUUCGAGGGGUUCGUAUCAAGCAGAGCACAUCUGUUUUUCCUUCUUCCUCCCUCAUGCGGUGUGAAGUAGUGCUAGCAUUUAUGUAAACAUUAACAGAAUACACGUCUUUUCCUGUCACUCUUCAUCUGUGCAGACCUGCAAUUGAAAAGACAAACAAUAGAUGGGUUAGUGCUGUUUCCAUCAGCCUCAUCCAAGCAGCCAAUCAGCUGACAGCAUGAGAUGCUCACCCCUCUGUAAUUAAACCAAAAUUCUAAUUUCUAUUUAGCCCCCCCAAAAAACUUUUAUAGUUAAUUUAAUAAUCAGUUAGAGCAGCUUUAUUUGAUAAUCAACAAACAAAUAAAGAUUAUUAGCAAUUAAAUUGCACACAAGUUAAGUUUUUAUAUCAGCAUUUUAAAUUAACUCCAACUGGUUGUUUAAAUAUAAACUCAUAUAAACUUUUUUUGAAAGAUUUAUUCGACCUGUUAAGACAUUAAAGAGAAUCAAAAUGAAUUUUGUUAGAAAAUUGACCCGAAUUUUAAAGCUAAGACUUGUUUAAUAGUAAAGAAACUGAGCACAGAGCUUAUCGCGAUUAUUGGAUGGUAGAUACAAAACAAAAACUGUUUUUGAGGAGUUUUGUUCAUGCAUCACCUGAAAACAGAAUUCAAAUUAAUGUUCAGUAAAAAUAUGAAAUCAAUAUUGCUACCCAAGCCAAGUUUUUGUACAUAUUUUGUUGCCAAAUUUUGCUGCAUCACUAAAUUAAAUAAUUGAUUGUU